AUGCCUCACAAACUUCAAAAUGAGAAUAUAUAUGAAGUACGAGGAGUUUAUGCAAAUCAGGAGCUGCUGGUACUGAUAACGAAAAUGAUUGGUAAGGAAGUGUUGCUUGAAACUCGUGAUGGAUUAACAUUUGAAGGGAUAUUUGCAGGUUGCUCUCCGGAUUUCGAUGUUGGCUUGAGAUACGCGCAUGAAGUACUCACAGAUGAUCAAAAGAACUUGUUGCCUCAUAAGGAUCAAAUUAUUGAGAAACUUCAAAUUGAAAGGGACUGUAUUUAUAGUGUGGGGGCAAAAUAUCGGGAUGAAAAACGGAUUGAAGGAUUUGCUACGGAUCGUGAAUAUGCGGAUCAGAGCGGUUCUGUGGCAGAUAUGGAACUGCAAGUAUGGGAGUCCGAAGAUGACUUUGACAGUGGUCUUCUAUUAAACGAUGAUCAGGAAGAUGGUUGGUCCGUUGAACAAAUGUUUCAGGCAAAUGAUGUUCUGGGAGUCAAAAGCACGUUUGAUGAAAAUAUGCCGGAAUAUGCUACAGCCGAUGUGCAGGGUAAUGCAGAAGAUUUUAAGCGAGCAGAACGGAUUGCGCAAGAAAUCAAUAGUAGCAGUGUAAGCAGAGCGCGUACACAACUAGAAAAUGAUGACGAAGAGCGUGAUUUGGAUAGGGAGACAUCAGAAUUUCAAAUACAGCAUAGUAAUCGGAAAACAUCUAACACAGGGUUACCCGCACUGUAUCCUGUUAAAAGCUCUUCGGUAAAAAAUGGAUCUAAUAUCUGUAAUCCAUUCAGACGUGGCAGCUAUUCAGGGAAUAUUCGAGAUAGAGGUGGCAUGAAUAUAAACAGAGGGCCACCGAACGGUAGAAGAUCGGAAGGUAUGCCAGGUGCAGGAAGAGGACGUGGAUCAUAUGGAUCCGGCAGUGGUUCAUCACGUUUAUUUACAAAUUCAUCAAUGAGUCAUGGAGUACGCCCUCAAAAUUCGAUUGGAUCAGGGCCUAUUUCGCGUUAUGCACCUAGCGGUAUUUUGGAGAGGCCGACGGCGCAGGAACUACACCUACAGUUUGGCCAGUGGGUUCGACGUGGUGAAAGUUCAGGUUCCGCUUCAGCCUCAGACAAUGUAAGAGCUGGACGGCGGUCGGAGCAAGUUGGAAAUAAUACAAGGGUUUAUGAUCAUCGUUUGAUGACUGGUCAACAUGAAGGACAACCUUCACGUGAUGAAAAUAAGAACUUGCAUUAUUCGAAUACAUCAAAUAGCAUGGGUAGCGCUUCGCGACAACAAACAUCAAAGCAAACAGAACGGGUCAGAAAUUUAAAAGAAUUUCAUCAGAAUUUCAACAGUACUUUCCAGCCAUCGCAUUCCGUGCAUAACAGUGCAGAUGAUGUUCAGCGUGCAAGCACCGUGCAGGGAACAACAACAUCUGGGGUAGCACCCAGGCCUAUUAAUAAUGCUUGGAAUAAAGGACCUCCGCCUGGCAUGCGAGCUCCAUCUUCGUCUCAAAUAGCCGUAAACCAUCACCCAGAAAUUUCAUCUGCUAGAGAUGUGGAAACAUCAGCCUCUGUAGUAGUAGUAGCAACAGCAGCAGCAGCAGCAGCAGCAACAUCCUGUCCACCAUGCUCAGAUCAGCGGCCGCAGCAAGAGAUCGUCAAGGCUGGAGGAUCUGUACAAGCAACCAUUAAUUCUGGUCGUUCAGUAGUAGCACCAGCAGAUGUAGCGCUGACGGCAGUUUCUGAAUCUCGUCCAAACAAGCCAACAACAUCGACGAUCCCUGGAUCUAGUACGACACCACCUAGUAUAGAAGCAACAGGAGUUGUGGUUUUAGAUACGCAAACUGCAGCUACUUCUGUUACACCUCGAGAAAUACAACAAACGCAUCAGUUAUCUGCUGCAGCUUCAUCAUCAUCCAUAGCACCCACAGAUCCAACGCCUAGUGCUGUUGUCGCUGAUAUUGCAAAGACUACUGCAGUAAAUUCUGUGACGACUACAUCAGAUGGGAAGCAUUUCGUUUGGAAUCCGGAUGCACCAUCAUUUGUGCCCCGUAAUUUAACUAACUGCCGCAACACUGAACCACAAAAUCAUCGUCCAGCAUUGCAUAGCGUUCGAACACCUCCCGCUGCACCUUUACCACUUAUGUCAACACACAUCGCAGCACCGGGACAAAUGCAGGGCUUAGCUCUUGCCAAUCCACAAGCCUUGUCUGUUCAGAAUGUGCCAUCAAUUGCACAUGCCGGACCACCACAAAUGUUUCCUUAUGCGCAUGCUAACGCAUAUGGUGCUCUGCCGGUUUAUUACAACACACCGGUUGUACAGAGUACGCCAAGUGCCGCUGUAGCAACAGCAACUGCAGCAGCGAAUGUUACGGGUGGCCCGAUUGUUGCAAGUUCCACCGGUUUACCAAUUGGUCGUCAUGGACAAAUGACUGGGCAAACACCUUCAACUAAUCGACGGAAUCAGCAGCAACAAUUUAUGCAAGGUGUUGCUGGUAUGUAUGUUCCUGGAGCCAGUCAACCUUAUGCUCAGCAAUUGAUGUCACAGUAUCAGAUGCCAUAUUUCGCACCAUAUCCAUCACAGCUCUCAAUUGGAGCAUCUAAUAUGCCACCACCGCCGAUACCACCUCCAUCCACGAAUGCGGUUCUCACAGCUCCUCCACCCUAUCAAAUUAUACAGACUCAGACUCAACAGCCGAAUGGUUUUCCACGACAGCUAUAUCAGGGUGAUCAUUCCGUCAAUUACGUGAUAUCUCGUUUGCCGCAAUCUCAUCCAACUGUUGAUUUUACUGCGACGGCAGUGUCAACACAGCAACAGCCGCAGCAAGGAUCAAGUGCUGCUUCGAGCAAUGGCACAGGUUCAAAUGGGCCUAACAGUCAACCGGCUACACCUGGACCUGUGGUUUCACCUCCCCAGGUACAACAACAACAGCAGCAGCCGGUGUCAUUGUCACAGUAUCCGCAGUCCGGGACGCCGCAAUCGCCACAUACUGUACUUAUUCCACUUCCUCCUGGUGCAGCUCCACCAAACGCACAGCCGCACAUGUACGUCCAAGCACCGCAAUUUCCGUUCAUUACUGCUGGACAGCCAGGCUUUGUGAUGGCGUAUGGUCCACAGCCAGUUGUUGUUCAUCCCUCUGUCGCAGCACCGGCAGCGACGACGCAUGUUCCAUUUUCACAAGCACAUCAAGUGCAUGCACAACCGAGUAUGUUCGAACAGUUCCAAGGAGCAGCUGUUGAAGCAGCUGCUUUACAACAACCGCAGAUACCAAGUACUUUACCUCAUCAACCCUUUGUGGCUGGUGAUCAUUUUUAUAGUCAUUACGUGCAUACCCAGCAUCAGCAGGGAGUAUUCCAGCAACAGCAACAACAGCCGCCACAAUCGCAGCAACAACAAGGAGGCAGUGCUGGAUCAAUACGCCAUAAUUCGGUAAACAGUGUGACCAGUGGACCGUCACAUCAACAACACCAACCUUUUCAGCCUGGUGGUACUGUUCAAAAUAAUUCAGUUCCACCAAACGAUGCUAAUAAUUGA